CUCAGAGGGUGAGAGAGAAAGAAGUCACCACCAACCAACCAACGAAACAAAGCAGAGGUAGGUAGCAGAUAAGCCACCUCAACACAACACAACAUAACAUAACAUAGCUUCCACUCUCUCACACAUUCAACCAAACACCUUCACGUUAUCGUCAUUCUUCCAAAAUGGAUUCAAGUCACCAAAUGGAAAAAGAGAAAGAAGAAGAGAGACAGAAGACAGCAGUCUCCACAGAACCGGCAUUUGCAGUGGCAUCACUAUCCCUCUCUCUCCCAACCGUUUUCCCCUUUCGACAACCUAAGAUCUCAUCAACCCCUCAACCCAACAAGGUCAAGGUUCCAACCCAAGCUUCAUCCCUAACCCACCUUUCUCUCUCAACCGCUUCCCCAACUCCUUCCAAGACCUCCUUCAAAUCCUCCCUCUCCGCCACCCCCAUCCACGCCCCUCUAUCCCUCGGGCCCAACCGCCCCCGCGACCCCUCCAACUCCGCUGCGCUUCGCCGUGCCUCUGUGGUCUGGUUCCGCAACGACCUCCGCGUCCUCGAUAACGAGUGUCUCGCCUCCGCCAACAAUGAAUCUCUCUCUGUCCUCCCCGUCUACUGCUUCGACCCCGCCGACUACGGAAAGUCCGCCUCCGGCUUCGAUAAGACUGGCCCCUACCGCGCCACCUUCCUCAUCGAGUCCGUCGCCGACCUGCGGCGGAAUCUCCAGGCUCGCGGCUCCGAUCUGGUGGUGCGCGUUGGCAAGCCCGAGACCGUUUUGGUAGAGCUGGCGAAGGAAGUCGGGGCCGACGCGGUGUACGCGCACCGGGAGGUUUCUCAUGACGAGGCGAAGACGGAGGAGAAGGUGGAGGCAAUGAUGAAGGAGGAGAAUGUGGAAGUAAAGUACUUCUGGGGAAGCACGUUGUAUCAUGUGGAGGAUUUGCCUUUUAAGCUUGAGGAUAUGCCUUCCAAUUACGGAGGGUUUAAGGAUAGGGUUCAGAAAUUGGAGAUUAGGAAGACAAUUGAGGCUUUGGAUCAGCUUAAGGGAAUGCCUUCUCGCGGAGAUGUUGAGAUUGGUGAUAUUCCUUCCUUGAUGGACCUUGGUCUUAAUCCAUCUUCCACAAUGCCACAGGAUGGGAAGGCUGGUGCUAAUGCUUCUAUGGUAGGAGGGGAGACUGAGGCACUGCAGAGGCUGAAAAAAUUUGCGGUUGAGUGUGAAGCUCAGCCACCCAAGGGGUAUAAGGAUGGAACACACAGUAUAUAUGGUGCCAACUUUUCCUGCAAGAUUUCUCCGUGGUUGGCAAUGGGAUGUCUCUCCCCUCGUGUAAUGUAUGAAGAACUGAAGAAGACUGCCAGCAGAUCCAUUUCUGCAUCGUCGAACCGGACUGAUGGUGGUAAUGGCUCGUCCAAAACUGGAACAAAUUGGUUGAUGUUUGAGUUGCUAUGGAGGGACUUCUUCAGAGGCAAAUUCUGAAGGGAGACCCACUUUAUCAGCACCAUUGGAUGCAAUGGCUUGUUUAGAUAGCGGAAUUUUGGCCUUCUGCCAUGUUCCACCGUCUGUUAUUGGUAACCUUUUAGUGUACACAGGAAAGUUGCAAACAACUCAUCUAAAACAUUUUAAAGUUGCAAUUUGUAACUAUUGCUCUAAAUGUGGUAAAUCCCUAGUGAAUGAACUUUUCAUUUUCUAUAUGCUCACCACGGAACACCCUUAAUACGUAUAUGUAUUGAGGUUUUAAAAAAGGGUAUCUAUGACUGCAAUCGUAACCAUGUCAAGGCUUUUAGGGUUUUUGCAAUUGCAAUUGCAAUUAGAACUGCAUAAUAUUGUAAUUACAAAGUUUCCAUGCCUGCAAUUGUAACUACAAUGUGAAGGCUUUUGGUGUUUGUCCCAUUGCAAUUUCAAUUGCGGCUGCUGACAUGGAUGAUGGAUUUGUAUUUGUGACUGAAUUUUAAGUAUUGAUAUCAGCAAUUUGUCUUUCACUUACAGUUUUUGAAUGAUUUGCUGGCCUUAUAAGUUUAAAGUUGGAAAUAUAUUCCCCCUUUCCUUGAAAUGUAAGGGCCUUGUGGCUCUUGAAAAACACAACAAUUCUGAUUCAGGUUUCCUAUUUGACCAAUAACGAUCAUGAAGUUCUGCUUGAGAGAUUACUGAAAUAAUUAUUUUUGUUCCUCCAAUUAUCUGCUUUGUCAAUAGUUAUAAUACAGAGGGAUAGUAUUGAAAAUAACAUGUAUUGCUGUGUUAUUUGUUGGCAAAACAUUAUAUAUGAAUACUGUUUCUGGCAAAUAACAUA